AUGGCUGGCACCAGUCGAAAGCUGCCGGGCCUGAUCUACGGGGGCUACGAGGUCGUUAGGGUUUGGCGCUGCAACAGAUGCCGCAACUUCACGUUCCAGGGAAACCCUUGCAGGAUCUGCUCCAACGAAGAGGGCAACGAGAUGGACACCGAGAAGAUGAAGCCGUAUAGUGCCCUAAGGCUUUAUAAGGUGUCGUCGGAGGAGUGGGUUAUAACGGGGAAGGAUCCUUCUCAACUUCGUGAGAGGCGCGCUGUAUGCGGUAGCUUCCAGUACGGUACACGUACAGUUCCACUGCGGACUCUUUCCGCCUCUCUCACCCAUAGCCUUCAUAGAUAUGUCCGUCUCAUUGUGCACUGCAUCAGCCACUGGAGUUACAAAUCCUACCCUAUUCCCAGCAAACCAACAUACACGGAACAGGAUGUCACGGUUAUCAUACCCACCAUUCACCAUAAUUUCGAGGAGCUCCGGCCCUCGCUGGAGAGCAUCCUCGCGACCAACCCGUACGAGCUGAUCAUUGUCACGACCACCAGCAAAUUCGACGCUUUGAUGAAGCUCGCGCGGACCUUGAACUUGACCAGGAUCCGCAUUUUUUGCAUCCCCGUGGCGAACAAGCGCCUGCAGGUUUGCAAAGCGCUGCCUUAUGUUACGACCCCGAUCACUAUCAUGGCGGACGACGACGUGACGUGGCCCAAAACGCUUAUGCCCUGGAUCCUUGCGCCGUUAAAGAACGAGCGGAUUGGUGGCGUAAGCACGUGCCAGAGGGUCAGGCGCGACGCGGGCGUGUCGAUCCUCUGGCGCGCGAGCAACUGGCUCGGGGCGUGCUAUAUCGAGCGGCGCAACUUUGAGAUUUCGGCGACGCACAACAUCGACGGCGGCACGUCGUGCAUGUCGGGCCGCACCGGGGCGUACCGGACGGACAUCUUCCGGGACCCCGCGUUCCAGCACUCGUUUAAAACGGAGCGGUGGCGCGACUUCAUCCUUAACGCCGACGACGACAACUUUGUAACGCGCUGGCUCGUGAGCCACGGAUGGAAAACGUGGGUCCAGUACGAGCGCGAGUGCGAGGUUGAGACGGCCUUGGAAUACGGCCUUAAGUUUUUGUACCAGUGCUCGCGGUGGGCCAGGAGUAACUGGAGGAGCAAUUGGACUAGUCUGGUUGUAGAGCGCCAUGUCUGGAGACAACAGCCCUGGUCGACGUACGCGCUUCACAUCGCCACCUUCACCUCUCUGGCCUUCGUUUUCGACCCGCUAAUCCUGGCCUCGCUAUGGUGGGGCACGGCCGAUUGGGAUAAUAUGAACCGGUGCUAUGCGUUUGGCGCCAUGCUCGUCUUUUUCGCCUUCACCAAGGUUGUCAAGCUCAUGGGCCUCUUCAAGCGCAACCCCAAGGACCUCAUGUUCCUGCCAUUAUCCAUCGUCUUUGGCUACUUCCACGGCUUGAUCAAGCUCUACGCCCUAUUCACUCUGAACGUGGUAAGAUUUCUUGUUUUGGCCCAUUUGGGGGCUGCCGUGCCGAGGCAGCAAACAAACCGCUGA